UCAACCACACCUUGUCGGGGAAGCCAGCUCGCGAGAGACACGCGCCGGUGCACGCACACACACACACACACGCACGCAUACGUAUACACGGACACGUUGAAGCGCGCACCCCGUCGCCAUAGUUCGACCGGUCGUUUCGCUUUCGACGCGGUCUGCCUGUUGCGGGACGCCUGAUUCGCCGAGGGAAGGACUCCAAGUGCAAGACGGGAAAUUGACGAGGGAGUAAGGAAGAUGGACGUAAAAGGGCGAGUUGCCCUGGUGACGGGCGCCGCUUCCGGUAUUGGUAGAUCGUGUGCCAUGCAAUUAUUGAAAGAAGGUGCGAAGGUGUCCAUAUGCGACAUUGUCCCGGCGGAAGGCAAAAAACUGGUGGAAAGUUUGGCCACGGUUUACGGAAAGGAUCGUGUAAUUUUCUGCACCUGUGACGUCACAGAUUAUUCACAAUUCUUGGAUACGUUUCGAAAAACAGCUGCAACGUUUGGAGAAAUCGAUAUCGUUAUCAACAACGCUGGGGUCAUGAACGAUCGGUUUUGGGAGUUAGAAAUCGAUAUGAACGUUAAUGGCGUGAUCCGUGGAACUUUGCUCGCCCAGCAAUUUAUGGGGACGAACAGGGGUGCUCAGGGUGGAAUAGUGGUUAAUAUUGGAAGCAACGUCAGCAUGAACCCCUAUAUAAGUGUUCCAAUUUACUCCGCCACCAAGGCGGCAAUCGUAAGCUUCACCAGAGCGUUUGGGCACCAAUACCAUGUGGAUUUAACCGGCGUGGAGGUGAUGGCAUUGUGCCCAGUUGCGGAUGGCAAAUCGAUAUCAGACGUCAGUAAAAAGCUGCUGUGUACUCAAUUCCAAGAAGCAUGGCGUCGUGAUGUUGAAGGUUCGGCUGCUCCAAGUCCAGACCACGUAGCAGAGGCGUUGAUCCACAUCCUGAACAUCGGCAAAAGCGGAAGCGUGUGGAUGGUGGAGGACGACCAGCCUCCUCACGAGAUCACAUUCCCCAAAAACUAGAAUCCUA